GUCUGCUUCGAUUGAUUUAUAUGUUUUCAUGAUCCAUGUCUCCGACGAAGUCAUGUCACCGAGUGACAAAACCGAUAAAACUCAGAAUCUCAGGGAAGAAUUAACAAAUUUGAAAGAAAAUUUGCGUCAAUCGCAGUCGGACAUUCAAUACUUGAAGGAAAAACUGAACGAAAUGGCUUUAUCGAAGCAAUACUUGAUCAAUGAUUUGCAUCAAACAAUUUUUAUAAAUGACAAGCUUUCCAGAAAGUUGAGCAGACAAAGGCAUUACUUUACCGAGGAAAACGAAUUGUUGAAGUUGGAAAUGGAGCGUAUAAAGUUAUAUCUUCAGUCACAGCAGAGAUCGUUACAUGCAUCCAACCGCAAAAUAGCACGUCACAUGCGUGGCUGUGCCGGCACCCGUUUUCGACUGGGCGAGAUGUUCCUCCGGAUGCGCUCCACAAAGCGCCGGUACGAAAGACGACGGAACCGCUACCAACAGAUGUGCUUUGAGUUUGCUGCCAACGUACGGGAGCAGAAUCGCUACAUGCUGGCCGCGGUUGAGGCAAAGCUAAGCAAUGAGAGCAUCACCACAUGCCACCGGCAGUAUCUGGAUCUACUGACACGAUGUUCCCAGCUGUUGCACGAGAAUAUGAACCUUAGACUGUUGGCUAUGAACAAAUUGGACGAAGAGGAACGUCCCCCGCACAAAGUUCGUGCCGAGGUGGUGGAAAUCUCCGAGCCGGACCACACUUCCACCGGAUCCGAUGAGACAAUUUUUAAGACAUAUAUAAAAACUCCCAAAAAGCAGCGUCCGCAGUCAGUAUGAGCUUUGAAGAAUUGAAGUAAGGCAGCCCCAAGUACAGAUAAAAGGCUGAAUUAACAAUAUGGUCCUCUAAUUUUUACAGUCAAAUUGCUCAGCCAAGCACAUAUUUUGCACAGUUUUCCCAUCAGUAUAGCUCGGGUUUUCAGUACCUAAGACGUUAUUAUCAAAUAUGAUAUAUUUGAUAACGUUUUUGUAUAGAAUACAACAGUUGUUUUAGAGGCAUCAUUCAACCAACAACG